AUUGAAUAGUUAAUAUCUGAUUAUAAACGAGACCAACGUAUAUCGGUAACACUAAUUUUUUGUUUAUGAUUUUUGCCUGAUCUAGCUAGAGCGAUUUCUUUGGUAUCUAUUGACUAUUUCUUGAUGGUGAAAUAGGUGGUGACUUUUUACAGUGCGAACUAUUGGGAUUACAUCAGUCAAAUUGACGCGAUUUUUUUUGUUAAAUAAAUUAUCAAGAUGUUUAGUAGUACAAAACAGUGUUCCUGCAAAUUACUCUUCCAAUUCCAACACAAGCUCAGACAAUCUUCCAAGAAUGCUUCCAGAUCUUGUUCAUUAAAAGUCAAACAAAUAUUAAGCGAGCCACUAGAAGAAAAGAAAUAUGAACCAGAGCAGUAUGACGAAACCGAUAGUGAGAUUACUUUUAGAUUUAAGGACCUCACAACAAAACUGUGCAAUCCAGACCAACUCCGAGCCAAACCUGACGAAGCUGACCUAAAGUUUGGACACAUUUUCACCGAUCAUAUGCUCAAAGUUUUCUAUCACAGGAAAUUAGGAGGCUGGCAAAAACCCGUAAUAAUACCGUUUGAAAAUAUUUCACUGCACCCUGCUUCGAAAGUAUUACAUUAUGCCAUAGAGCUUUUCGAAGGCAUGAAAGUAUACCGAGGCGUCGAUGGUAAAAUUCGAAUAUUCCGUCCAGAAUUGAACAUGGCCAGGAUGAACGCGUCUGCAAUAAGCUCAGGUUUACCAUCUUUUUACGGAGACGAGCUGAUUAAAUGUAUAAAAAGGCUGGUAGAAGUUGACCAGGAAUGGGUACCACAUAGCCCAACAAGUAGUCUGUAUAUGAGGCCUACAUUAAUAGGAAUUGAUGGAACUUUAGGAGUCCAGCAAUCAGAAUCGGCUCUGCUAUUUACAAUCAUGUGCCCUGUAGGAAGCUAUUUUAGCGGAUCUGACGAUUCCGUUUCCCUAUUAGCGGAUCCAGCCUAUACACGAGCGUGGCCUGGCGGUUGCGGCGAUAAAAAAUUAGGCUCAAACUAUGGCCCAACGAUAAGAGUACAAAAGAGGGCAUUAGAAAAAGGCCGCCAACAAGUAUUAUGGUUAUAUGGCCCCGACCAUCAAAUUACCGAAGUAGGAACUAUGAAUAUCUUUGUAUUUUAUGAAGACGAAUUUGGAGAAAGAGUAUUAGCAACUCCACCUUUGAAUGGUCUGAUUUUACCCGGAGUGACUCGACAGUCAAUUUUACAACUUUGCGAUCAAUGGAAAGAGUUUAGAAUUGAACAAAGGGCGGUUACGAUGUCUGAAAUUGUUCAACGGUCAAGAUCUGGCAAGCUAUUAGAAAUGUUCGGUGCAGGUACCGCUUGCAUAAUAAGCCCCAUAAGAUCCAUAGAAUACCAGGAUGAGCUUAUCGAAGUUCCAACUAUGCAACAACAAAAUCCGGUAUAUCACCGCGCCAGGGCUGAAUUAGUAGCCAUCCAAUAUGGACACAUUCAACAUCCGUGGGCUCAAGUUAUCGAAUAGCAUUUAGAGUAGGUUUUUUUAUGAAAAUAUAUUUCUCAGGGUAACUAAUACUUCUUUGUUAGGUAUAUUUAUUUUGUAAAAAAGAUUUGAAUAAGCAAAAGCAAGAAGGGAGAAAACAAAAAGAUAUAUUUUAUUAUAUUCUUAAGAAGGUAAUUUUUACCACAGAAAUUUUGUCGGUAAUUUUAUUGAAUUCUUAACAUAAGUUUAUAUUUUCAAAUGUGUCUCCUUGCUUUUGAAUUUUAUAAUUUUUAAGUAAUUAUAUUAUUUAUUAUUUUUUAAAUAAUCUGACUGUGGUUGUAAUUUUAUGUUAUGUAAGUAAUUUUUUUGUAAUAGUACCUAAAUGUGUAAGCCGUGUUACUAAGUGUAAUGUGAAGAAAUUUUAGGUAAUAAAAUAUUAAUUGUAUUUUAUACGUCACGCGCAUUAUUUGUAAAAGUUAAGUGUAUUUUGAUCAUACAAGGCACAAACAAAUACUUAAAAGAAGAUUACUAAACCAAUCCAUCACAUAGAAAACGCUGCUUUUCAUCAUCCUUCGGUGAAUUUUUGCUGGAAUACCUGCAGAUUCCAUCCUGCUGUAAAUUCUUUUCCUGUUGAAUAAUAAGUAUAAGUAUCGAUAUCUUGUUAAUGUUUUCAAAAUCGCUAAUAGCUCGAAUGAUUCAAAUUAAUGUAAUUCAACGUUUAUGAAAAUGUUUAACAAUAUUUUGAACAUAGGUAUUGUUUAUGAUAAAUAGUUAUAUUGAACAAGGUAGAAAGCAUAAAUUCUACCACAAAAAUUUCAUCGUUUUCCCAAUAAUAAACUUUGAAA